UGGUGGUUCUGUUUUUUUUUUUUUUUGUCCCUCGUCACAAGUCCAAAGUAAUUCUUCUCCUGCUUCCGGCUUCCUCAUCUCCAGUCCUUCCUCAGCUUUCGACAUACACCGCCAUUCCAACCCUAAUCCAUGUCUUCUCUGCGAUUUUCUUUGCUUUUCCUGUGAUCUCCAGAAGAACAGUUGAAUUCCAGUCAGAGUUGGACUUUGAUCUGCCGGGCAUUCUUUCUUUUGCGUAUACUUCUGCCAGCUUGUUAUGGAAUCUCCAAAUCCUUCUCCUUCCUUGGAUAUUUUAGUACGAGGACCUGAAGGAUUCUCUGUUUGGAAUGGGCCUCCGUUCGCUGGUGGUCAGCCUACUGUUAAACUUGAGAAUGUUGUCUGCACGAAUGCAACUUUCAGUACUGAUGGGUCCAGGUUGAUGGUGAUGAAAUCUGACUUUGUGAUUAGCAUAUAUGAUUGCAGCAACUAUCAAGAGAUAAAAUCAUUUGAAGUUCCCAAUGUUGCUGCUGCUGCAUUAUCCCCAUGUGGGACUUUUCUUCAGACCUUUCAGAAAUCUUCAACACCACAGGAAAAAAAUGUAGUCUUAUGGAAGAUAGAGACUGGUGAUGCUGUUUAUCAGCAAUUCCAAAAGAACUUGACAAAAACCACAUGGCCAUCAAUCAGAUUCAGUUCUGAUGAAACUGUUGCAUGCCGGUUAGCUACAAAUGAAGUACAAUUUUUUGAUACUAGAGAUUUCUCUAAGGGAGUUGUACAUCGGCUCAGAGUUCCUGGGGUGGCUGCAGUUGAGCUUUCUAACACAUCGGGUUCCCAUGUGGCAGUAUUUGUUCCAGAGUCUAAGGGUAGUCCAGCCACCGUCCAGAUUUUUUCUCAUGACAAAGAUUUGCAGGGUCAACCUGUUGCUCGACGAAGCUUUUUUCGAUGUUCUACUGUGCAACUAAGUUGGAAUAAUGGUUCCACUGGACUUCUGGUCCUUGUGCAGUCGGAUGUUGAUAAGACCAAUCAAAGUUAUUAUGGAGAGUCUAAAUUGAACUACCUUACAACGGAUGGGACUCAUGAAGGGCUUGUUCCUCUUCGAAAAGAGGGGCCUGUUCAUGAUGUUCAGUGGUCAUAUUCUGGUUUACAGUUCGCUGUUGUUUAUGGAUUUAUGCCUGCAAGUGCAACAGUGUUUGACAAGAAGUGCAAGCCUCUCCUUGAGCUUGGGAUAGGGCCUUACAACACCAUCAGGUGGAACCCGAAGGGGAAAUUUCUGUGUUUGGCUGGUUUUGGUAACUUACCUGGUGAUAUGGCAUUUUGGGACUAUGAAGACAAAAAACAACUUGGAACAACCAAGGCUGAAUGGUCUGUAACAAGUGAAUGGUCCCCUGACGGACAGUAUUUCAUGACUGCCACAACAGCUCCGAGAUUACAAGUUGACAAUGGGAUUAAAUUCUUCCACUAUAAUGGAUCAUCGUUCUUCAAGAAGAUGUUUGACAAGUUGUACCAGGCUGAGUGGAAACCAGAAUCACCAGAUAAAUUUGGUCAAAUUGCUGAACUUGUCAACUCCGUUGCGUCUUUGAAGAUUCAAGAAACCAAAGCACAAGGACAAUCGUCAGCUUCCAGGAAAACUGUCUCUGCCAACCCUCCAGCACAAAAACCUGCUGCCUAUCGUCCACCACAUGCUAAAAAUGCAGCCGCCGUUCAAGCAGAGUUGUUUGGAGGGAGUGCUACAGAGGGAAUGAGUAAGACUGCCCUGAAAAACAAGAAAAAGAGAGAGAAACAGAAGGAGAAGAAGGCUGCUGAAAUUGGAAAUGGCACAUGAUCACACUCAAGUUGCUCUCCGCUGGUGUACCUUAAGUAGUCAAUGCAAUUGUACCCUGCACUCUAUGGCUUUUGAGUCUAGAUUUCCAUAGUCAACCCAUGAUAUUAUCUGAUCUAAAUGGUAGUAACUGGGUUGAAUUUUGAUUAUUUUUUUAAAAUGAGAAGGAAGAAGGGGUGGGUUCUUGAGUUGGUCAAAAUAAAUGCAUGUCGAUCAAGUUAAUGUUUUGUGUAAACAAAACUUCGAGCAUAUACUCAAGGCGACACUUGUUUUGGUCGCUAUGUGGUGGGUUUGAGUAUGUAAUAAAAAAGAAAGUGACUGAUUAUAUUGUCU